AUGCAGAAGUUUCAUUUUAAGGACAACUUCCACGAAGACCCGCAUGCUCAGCUUCAGUGGCAUAAAAAUAUUCCAAAAUUUGAGGAUGAGAAGGUGCAGGUUAGUGGUCCUAUUCGGAGGAAGGGGACUGACACCGAACACGGCGAAUCUGGGAGAAGACGAAGAAAAUUCCGAGCUGAGCAUUCAAAGCAGCGGUUUCGGAAAAAUUUUUUAGCUCUAAUGGAGGAAGAGACGAUAUCCAAAGGUGCGGAAAUUAAUGGUAGAGAUGCUUAUAUCAGUGCUAAGGCACCGCCAAGCAGCUUACCUCCACGUCAUUUUUGCACUGCCUGCGGGUUCUUUUCAAAAUAUACGUGUGGAAAGUGCGGUGCCAAAUACUGUUCCAUAAAGUGCAGAGAACUUCACGAAGACACACGGUGUUUGAAAUGGACUGUGUAA